GAAUUUGAUGCCGAAGCCAAACUGGCAUUCGAGGCUCUCAUGACGUUUCGCUUAUUUGAACCAACCACCGAAGAGUUUAAAGAGUUCCAAGCGAACUUGGAGUUGCGCCGUAAGCACGAUUUCAAUUGGACGAGCCCACCUGGAGAUGACUUCAACUUCUUUACAAGUGCCUUCCAUGACGUCAUCAUCUUGUUUUCUCUCGCCGUCAACGAGACUUUGGGCGAGAGUGGUAACUUGUCCGACGGCUACACGCUCACCAGGAAAAUGUGGAACAGGACAUUCGAGGGUAUCUUUGGCAAUGUCUCCUUGAAUCCCAACGGGGACCGUGACGGCGAUUACUCUCUUUGGGACAUGACAGACGCUAAGAGCGGGGAUUUUGCGGUUGUGGCAAAUUUUCACGGUGCGACGGGUGAGUUGGAAUUUGUGGGUGAUAUCGCCUGGCCAGGAGGGGCUACCGACCCCCCGUCUGACACUCCGUUCUGUGGCUUUGAUAACGAGAAUCCUGCCUGUCGGACACAAGAUUCAACCUUGACGAUAACCAUUAUUGUUUCGAGUUGUCUUCUUAUCGUCGGUGCAAUUCUAAUUCUGGCGAUAUACAGAAAGGUCAAAAGGGAUGCCGAAAUCCAAAGCAGGGCGUGGCAAAUAAAGUGGGAGGAGCUACAGAUCCAAGACGACCACGCCCGUGGACGGGGAAGCUCAGCCUUUUCUCUGGGUAGUGCCUCUCUUAAAACAGAUGAAGGGAAGCAGAUUUUCACAAAAACUGCAUUCUAUCAGGGUCGCACUGUUGCUGUGAAGAGGCUCGCCGCGGACCAAGUGGAUCUUACUAAGAGCCUGCUGAUAGAGCUGAAAACCGUGCGGGAUUUGGAGCAUCCCAAUCUCGCGAGAUUUAUCGGAUUGUGCAUCGACGUUCCUAACGUGGCCAUCGUCAACGAGUAUUGCCCCAAAGGAAGUCUGAUGGACAUACUUCAGAACGAUUCCAUCAAACUUGAUUGGCUCUUCAAGUAUUCCCUUAUCAGUGACGUCAUCAAGGGAGUGCAGUACCUUCACCGCAGUGAGUUAUCAGUCCACGGCCAACUCAACUCCUCCAACUGCCUCGUGGAUAGUCGAUUCGUCCUUAAACUUAUUGACUUUGGUUUGCUGUCCUUCCGGGAGGGUGCUGCGCGACCUCGCGGAAGCCACGCGCAGCAGACGAAGUUGUUAUGGGUCGCCCCAGAGCUACUCCGAGAUCCAAAGCGAGGCCCAACUAAAGAGGGCGACAUCUACAGUGUAGGGAUGGUCAUGAGAGAAGUGGCGACACGGGAGGGGCCGUAUGAAGUCGAGGCCAAGAACAUGGAUGUCGGUGAAAUAUUGAAGAAAAUCAAGUUGCCACCUGCUGGCCUGCAACCAUUCCGGCAACGAGCAACCGCCGAGAACGUCGACUCCAGUAUUUCCGAGCUGAUCAAAGCGUGUUGGGCGGAAGACCCUAAAUACAGACCUAAUAUCAACUCGCUGAACGCAUCCAUCGUCAAAAUCAACAGACAGAAAAACACAGGCACGGGUAUCCUAGACAACCUGCUGAAUCGGAUGGAGCAGUACGCCAACAAUCUGGAGGAGUUGGUGGAGGAGAGAACCGCAGCCUUCUUGGAGGAGAAGAAACGAGCUGAGACGCUGCUUUAUGAGCUCUUACCCAGAACCGUAGCAGAUCAGUUGAAGCAAGGCAAGGCAGUCGACCCCGAAUCUUUCGACAGUGUCACCAUCUUCUUCAGUGACAUCAAAGGGUUCACUGAACUCUCGGCACAGAGCACGCCUAUGCAGGUUUGUGGUUUGUUGCUGAACGAUCUGUACACAUGUUUCGAUGGCAUCAUUGGGAAUUUUGACGUGUACAAGGUGGAGACCAUUGGAGAUGCAUACAUGGUCGUGUCUGGUGUUCCCGUCCGCAAUGGCAAUGCGCACGCGCGAGAAAUCGGCAACAUGGCGCUGGCCUUACUCCAGGCCGUAGGCUUGUUCACGAUAAGACACAAACCCGACACCAAGCUGAAGCUACGAGUCGGAAUACACACUGGUCCGUGCGUAGCUGGCGUGGUGGGGCUCAAGAUGCCUCGCUAUUGUCUGUUUGGUGAUACGGUGAAUACGGCAUCUCGAAUGGAAUCAAACGGAGAAGCCAUGAAGAUACAUGUUAGUUCCGACACCAAAGUCAUACUGGAUAGCUUUGGGUGCUUCCAAAUUCAGUUGAGGGGAGCUGUGGAGAUGAAGGGUAAGGGAACUCAAACGACAUUUUGGCUUUUGGAAAGCAACAACAUUUUGACCAAAAGAGGAGAACUCGACAUCAGUCGACUAAAAAACACAGAAAACUGGUUAAAUCGACCGCUUGUCGAUAAUCAGCGUCUACCUGAGGGAACACUCGACGAUGGGCCUAUGUCGAUUACCGAGAAUUGAAAGUUGGUCAACUUCAACAGGCUGAACAUGGGGUUUUUUGAGGCUGUAUCUAUUUGUGUGAAUCAGGUUGACAAGAGAAGACAUAGGCCAAUUUUAUUGAGCAGCUAAGCAAGGAAGAUUUGAAUAAUAAUAAUAAUAAAAACAA